CAUCGUGUUAUCUCGCCGAAUCUCGUCUACAUUGUGCGUCGUUCAGCCCUCACGAGCUAGCAGGAAAUUCGGGGUCUUCCCGUUUUGCGUUUGUGGCAGUUUACCUGACCCACUUACACGCAGUCAUUUAACGUCGGUAGAGUACGACCGAGGGGUGAAGCAUGGCGCGUGGGCAGCAGAAAAUUCAGUCUCAGCAGAAGGCGCAGAAAAAAGCUGAUCAAUUGCGCAAGCAACAGAACCACGACCAGAAGGCGGCAGCCGCCAAGGCCUUGGUUCAUACUUGCAGUGUGUGCAAGGCUCAAAUGCCCGAUCCAAAGACCUACAAGCAGCACUUUGAGAACAAGCAUCCUAAGAUGGAGCUUCCCGAGGAACUGGUGGCAAUCUGAAGCCAGGUUUUUAUAUUUUGUACAGCUCGACAUCACUACAUUGGGAUACAUGAAACAUUAAUAAAAGUUCCUUUGCAAUGCAAA